CAGUAGAGGAUCAGACUGGAGCUGGUCAUGUCUCCGUGGGUCGCUGCUGUGCUCCUGGCCGCUGUUUUCUCCAGGAUCUCAGCCUUUAAUCUGGACACCACCACCAUCCUCACUAAAGAGGGCGAGCAGGGCAGCUUCUUCGGCUUCUCUGUGGCUCUACACCAGCAGAUCACGCCAGAACCCCGCAGCUGGGUUCUGGUUGGAGCUCCUCAGGCCAGAGGUGUGGGUCCCCUGCAGAGCCAGCGUCCCGGAGCCCUGUACCGCUGCCCCGUCAGUGCAGAGCCCUGCCAGCGGGUGGAUGUGGACGCACACGAGAGUCUGGACCGAGAGAGCAAAGACAACCAGUGGUUUGGGGUCACAGUCAAGAGCCAGGGCGCAGGGGGGAAAGUGGUGGUGUGUGCGCACCUGUACGAGCUCAGACAGCAUGUGAAUCAGUCGUUUGAGACUCGUGACCCUGUGGGCCGCUGCUAUGUGCUGAGUGCGGAUCUGACGGAGCGGGACGAUCUGGACGGAGGAGAGUGGAAGUUCUGUGAAGGUCGUCCUCAAGGUCAUGAGCAGUUCGGCUUCUGCCAGCAGGGUCUGUCUGCCAGCUUCAGUCCCGACCGCAACUUCCUGCUGCUCGGGGCUCCGGGGACGUACAACUGGAAAGGGCUGUUAUUCAUGGCCAACCCUGUAGAGGACGCUCUGGUCUACAAAACUCUGGAAGCAUCCAAAAGCUCCUUUGAAGACGUAGCCCAGAACAGCUAUCUGGGUUUCUCGGUGGACUCGGCCACAGCACUGGUCAAUAAGUCUGAGCUGACGGUGGUGGCCGGAGCUCCGCGGGCCAAUCACAGCGGGGCGGUGGUGCUGCUGCGGCGGGAUGGGGCGCACCAGCUGGUGCCCAAACACGUGCUGUGGGGAGAGGAGCUGGCAUCCUCGUUCGGGUACUCUGUGGCCACGGCGGACCUCAACAGCGACGGCUGGACGGAUCUGGUCGUCGGAGCUCCAAACUUCUUCGACCGUAAGGCAGAGAUCGGCGGGGCGGUGUAUGUGUUCCUGAACCCAGCCAGCCACUGGGCCAGAGCCCGACCCAUCCGCCUCAAUGGGACAUACGACUCCAUGUUCGGGAUGACGGUCAGCAGCGCUGGAGAUCUGGACCAGGACGGUUAUGAAGACAUCGCUGUCGGAGCCCCGUUUGAUGGAGAUGGAAAAGUGUUUAUUUACCGCGGCUCUUCAUCUGGCAUCGAUACUAAACCCUCUCAGGUUCUGGAUGGGCUUAAUGCAGGCGUGCAGCGCUUCGGUUACUCCAUAUCAGCUGGACUGGAUGUGGACGGUAAUUUGUACCCAGAUCUGGCGGUGGGCUCUCUGAGUGACCAGGUGGUGCUGUACAGGUCUCGGCCGGUCAUCCACGUGCUGCGGGAGAUCUCCAUCCAGCCGCAGUACAUCGACCUCACACAGCAGAACUGCGCAGGACAGCCCGGGGUUUGUGUGGACGUGACGGCCUGUUACACAUACACUGCUUAUCCAGACUCAUACUCUCCGCAUAUCACUCUCGGUGUGCACUUCGAGGCAGACGUAGAGCGCAGGAAGUUGAAUCUCCCGCACAGAGUUCAGUUCCUGGAUCGUGAAUUAUCAGAGCCGGAGUUUGUGCACUCAGUGGAGGUGGAGCUGCGCGGACAGAAACACCCCCACUGCCAGAACGUCACCUUACUGCUGCAGGAGAACAUCCGGGACAAGCUGCGGCCGGUGUCUCUGGCCAUCACACACACCAUACGCAGAAGCAGGCACACACACAAGCACACACACUCUCACACACACCCUCACACACACCAUCAGCACCACCAGGAGAACCAGCUGAGCCCCGUCCUCAGCGUCAGCCCCUCCAACACACUCUACUCUGAGGUCAACUUUGUACGUGAGGGCUGCGGAGACGAUCAGAUCUGCCAGAGUAACCUGCAGCUGAGCUACGAGUUCGGCAGCAGAGACGCCAGUAGCUUCAGGGCCCUGCCACGAGACGAGUUCGGUGUUCAGGUGUUUUCACUGUCGGACCAGCGAGCGGUGCUGCUGGAGCUCACGGUCACCAACACCCCAUCUGACCCACUGCGCCCGCUGGAGGAUGGAGAUGAUGCUCACGCCGCACAGCUGCUGGUGUCGCUGCCACACACACUCUCUUACUCUGGGCUUCUAGGCCAGCAGGUACUGUGUGAGGUCAACCAGAAUGGCUCUCAGGCUCUGUGUGAGCUGGGAAACCCUCUGAAGAGAGACGCUGUGGUGAAGUUCUACCUGGUCUUGAGCCCCUCGGCCCUCAGCAUCCACACCACCUCUCUGAGCGUGCAGCUGACUCUGUCCACGAUUAGCGAGCAGCCGUCUCUGGCCCCAGUGUCUGCGUUUGCGCGGGUGGUGAUCGAGCUCCCUCUGGUGCUUAGCGGUGUGGCUCGUCCCCAUCAGCUCUUCUUCAGUGGUGCUGUCAGAGGAGAGAGCGCCAUGAGCACGCUGGAGGACAUCGGCAGCCCGGUGGAGUUGGAGUUCAUUGUGUCCAACAGUGGUCAGUCUCUGCAGACGCUCGGCUCUGCGUCUCUGAAUGUGUUCUGGCCGUACGAGCUGCCGAAUCGCAAGUGGCUGCUGUACCCGAGUACCCUGCAGAUGCUGGGCCAGCCGGAUCAACACUGCCAACCUCAGGCUGACCUCAACACUCUGCAGCUCACACACACACACACUAACCAGAGCCGCCGGUCGGUGCAUUCCCGUCAGCAGGCAUUAUCAGACUCGUCCUCCGCGGCUGCAGUGACGUCUGUGUCUGAUAGGAGGCGCUCUCUCACACUGGACUGCGCUCUGGGCUCUGCGCGCUGCCUGCACUUCCAGUGUCCUCUGCAGUCGCUGUCUGGCACGAUGCGCCUCCGGAUCAAUGGUCACCUGUGGAACAGCAGCUUCAUCGAGGAGUUUCCAUCGGUCAGUGCAGUAGAGCUGCUGGUCAGAGCCAACAUCAGCAUCAGGUCCAGCAUCAGACAUCUAGUGCUGAAGGACUCUUCCACACAGGUGUCAGUGAUGAUCUACCCAGAGAUCGGGCUGUCGGAUCAAUAUGGCGUCCCCUGGUGGAUCAUCCUCAUCGCUGUCCUGGCUGGAGUGCUUCUGCUGGCGCUUCUCGUGUGUUUACUGUGGAAGUGUGGUUUCUUCAGAAGGGUUCGGCAUGAAGAUCAGGUUCCUCAGUAUCAGGCGGUGAAGAUCCUGCGGCGGGACGCUCCACUGCUGGACGACACACUCAUUUUGCACAAACGGCAGUGGGCGACACACUGGAGCCAGGGGUCCAUCUGAGACUGCAGAGACACACACACUCAAUGAAGAGGAACACACACUCAUGUGGAGCGUUUAGGAGGAACACACACUCAUGUGGAGCGUUUAGGAGGAACACACACUUAUGUGGAGCGUUUAGGAGGAACACACACUCAUGUGGAGCGUUUAGGAGGAA